GGGCUAGGAGACGGAUACAAAAGCAGAGAAGGAGACGGACGAAGACCACACAGGCUUAUUUGGUUCAUGUGAGACACGUAGAGCUGCAGCGUUGCAUCAUGGGGAUGUUGUGAGUGGUUGAAGACACAGCUGAACAUCUCCCUCCUCCAUGUCCUCCUGACCCAGCAACUGGACUAGGGUUUUUUAGAACAUGAGGUCAGGGGGCAGAGCCCGAGGGCUGCAACCCACGAUGAUGAUGAUGAUGAUGAUGAUGAUGAUGAUGAUGAUGAUGAUGGUGGAGUCAGCAAAUGCUGAUGACAUGGACAGUGAGAACAGUGAAGAGAUUCUGGACGAGGAUGAAACUGUCAGUUCUGAGGGGGCACCAUUACCAGACUUGUCCAGCAUGUCCCCACAGAGCUCGUGGAGGAUUUUCAGGAAAAAUUCCAACAAGGGUGAGAACCGGAGGAAUCGCGGGUCCAGACGAUCCGCCAAGCAUGGUCUCCCAGGACCUCCAGGACUUCCUGGACCACAGGGGCCUCCAGGAUCCCCAGGCCCUCCUCUCCCACAGCAAGAGGACCUGAUCCAGGAGCUGCAGCUGAGACUGAGAGGUGGCGCUUGUUCACCGUGUGAUCGGCCUCAAGUCUCAGCUUUCUUCUUCAGUCGCCUCCUACAGCCAAUCAACGUCCAGCGCCGCAGCCUGGUGGAAUUGCAGCCUUUUGGAGAGGUGUCCAACUCUCAGCACAGCCAGAGGGGGCGUGGCUUCGAGAGCGGCAGUGGACGUUUCACGGCCCCAGAGUCCGGGUUUUAUCAGCUGACCUGCAGUCUGCUGAUAGAGUCAGGUGAUCGUCUCCAGCUUCGUCUAAAAGACAGCGUGAAAACGUCCGUCUGCGUCCAGUCCCUCUGUCAGAACAACCUCUCUGUAGAGUCAGUGACCAGCGUGACUGUCGCUGGAGGAACAUUUACCGUCCUUCUAACAGGAACACUGUAUCUACAGGUCGGACAAUAUGUCUCUGUAUUUGUGGACAACGGUACCGGUUCCUCCAUCAGUGUUCUACAGGAUUCAUGGUUCUCUGGAAUUCUUUUGGGAACCUGACUCACACGCACACAAUGCUAGCCACUGAGUGACUGCUGUUUAACAGUCGUGUUGGAGAGCUCACAGCUCCCCCCGGUGGUCUUCAGAGAAAGUGCAGGCGUAUCAUCUGUUUGUGAUGACUCAGCUAUUUCUUUUGACUCUCAACAACAGACCCGUGUGUUCGUUGAUGUUCUCUGUGUUAAAAUGGAACCCUUUCAUCUCGGUCACGUGACUGUGUUGCCAUGUUUGUUCUCGUCAUGUUCCCGAAGAAUAAAAAUCCCUGUUUGUCUCUGA